AUGUCUAACUUUUACCCGGACAAUAACCGGUAUCCCCCGGGUCCCUCUUAUCGACCCUAUCCGCGCCGCGACGACAGAGACGGCCGCAUUUCUCAUUCCUACAAUGAGCUGUUACUGACUGUGGAUCUCCGUUUUCUUCUUUUGGGACAAAAGAUCUUCCGCUAUCUCCUCCACGAGGUCCGGCUGCGGACCGAAGAGAUUCCAGACCCCGUUUCCGAAGUCGAGAUCGCGAUGAUUAUCGUCGUCGAUCAUCACGGUCGCCUCCACCCCGACGAGGGAGACCCGCAUAUAGAGACCGAGACCGAGAGGGCUAUCGCUCGCCCGGAUACUACAGUCGCAGUCGAAGCUUUAGCCGCAGCCGCACUCGCAGCCCUCGACGGAGUCGCCAACCACAUUUCGGACAAGAAAGCAGAGAAGUCAUGA